AUGUUUGUCACACUGAGAUCGCAGCCGAAGACGGCUUACAAUCCACCCACUACCAUCCAUCUCCAGAAGAACCAGAACCACGAAUCCAGUAAUAAAUACAGCUGGGACAUUGUUUGGUUCAAUGUUUUCGUCCUCGGAUAUCUUCAUUUGGCCGCCGUCUACGGACUAGUACUAGUUCUAACUGGAAAUACUAAAAUAAGCACAAUCUGUUGGGGUCUCUUCGUUGGAAUCACUUCCUCGAUGGCCGUCACCGGAGGAGCGCACAGGCUUUGGGCCCACAAAACCUACAAGGCUAACCUUCCUCUUCGCAUCCUCCUCGCCACCUUCAUGACCAUGACCUUCCAGAACCACAUCUACGAAUGGGCCAGAGAUCAUAGGGUUCACCAUAAAUAUGCAGAAACCGACGCAGAUCCGCAUAACGCAAAAAGAGGUUUCUUCUUUUCGCACGUUGGAUGGUUGAUGGUGAAGAAGCACAAAGAUGUGAUUGAAAAAGGAAAGACCGUGGAUGUUUCGGAUUUGGAACAGGAUUCGGUAGUUGUGUUCCAGAGGAAAUAUUACGCUCCUUUGGUGCUGUUUGGUACAUUCAUCUUCCCAAUGCUAGUGCCUUGGUACUUCUGGAACGAAAGCAUAUCGAUUUCUUGGCACGUUGCAACAGUCCUAAGAUACGUGAUGAGUGUGAACAUGGUUUGGUGCACGAACAGCGCAGCUCAUCUCUACGGCACAAAACCAUACGAUAAGAAUAUAGGGCCGACGCAGAACCAAAUGAUGUUAAUUAUAGGUUUAGGUGAAGGUUUCCACAAUUACCACCACACAUUCCCGUGGGAUUACAAAGCUGCCGAGUUCGGGAACGAUAUCAGAAACAUAACUACGUCUAUGAUUGAUUUCUUCGCGAAAAUCGGAUGGGCCACGGAGUUGAAGACAACUUCACCGGAGAUGAUCAGGAGACGAGCGUUUCGCACAGGCGAUGGUACUUGGGACGGUGAUCUCACCGAGAUGAAGAGGAAUUUCGUGGAGAAGAAACUCGAUGAUUCGAAGGAGGAGGUUUGGGGUUGGGGCGAUAAAGCCAUGGGCCGAGACGAGAUGCGGGAGAUACAAAUCUCCAACGGCAUAAUUUGCUCUGAAUAAGUACAAUUGCAGUUGACGUGAACCUGAUGUAUAUCGGUUCUGUCGUUUUGUGUGUGUGGGGGCGAAUGUUUGGAACAUAAUUCAAACUCGGAUGCAAAGCUCCCCGCUAAUGCAUUGUGUAUAAUAUUCUGUGUAGUCUGAGUAUGUAAAUUGUUUGCAGUUUGUUGUGUGCUUGGGAGAUGUCUUCGAUCGGAAUGGAUUAACGUUAUUUCGA